AGACUCGGCGAGGGAGGAGCUCCUUCCCUCUGAGUGGGCGCAGGGUCCCAGUUAGGGGUCGGUGCGCUGAGUGUUGGUGCUGCACACGGGUUUGAAGGCGCACAUUGGCACAGGCUAGGCUAGUCCAAUCUGUACACUCACGGACUGCGCUGGUGCAAGUGACUGUACCUAUCUCUUACUCUCAGGACGGCAAGCUUUUCACCAGGACUGCUUGGGAUGUGUACAUAGACUGUAUCAAAACACGACCAGAAGAGGGUAUUUUUUUUUUGUAUGUGAAUAUAGACUUUUAUUUAUAUUUUAUAAACAAAUAUAAGUUAACCCGUAAUACAGGUUUUAUUGUUACUACAGCUUUCCGCGGACUGAAGUUUAUCUUUAACCGAGAAAAUAUAGUAUUAUAAAUAGGCAGGCUAUUUUUUUAAGUUUGAAGAUGUUACGUGCACACUUUUCCAAAUAUACUCCAAAGAAGGUGAUUCAAGUGUAACUAAAUAUACCUUAUUGACGAUAUGCUAAAUCGAUCAGACUUGUUGCUCUAGUAAAACAGCGAGCGUGCUAUGUCACGUUUCAAGGUCAUUUUAAUAUCUGUUGUGUAAAAUAAAUAUUUAAGUAAACGUGGCUGCUUUGUGGAAGCAUACUACACAAAUCUCAAAAUCAUGUCUCAAACAGAAGUGGACCGAGCUGUACGCGGCAUCCCUUUAAGCUCUGGUUCGGAUGACGAUUCGUGUUUGCUACCCCUUGUGGCACCGCCGCGGAGGCGAAAACACUCGGGCAGUUCCAGAAGAAACUCGUACCGGUUUAAUAAAAUUAACGCCACGGAACUAGAGCCGAUAGUUUACGCGUCUCUUUCCAGCAGCCAUCAACCUCAACUGUGCUCAACAGAGACACGUUUGACAGAAACAAGCGUGGACGCGGAUUCGCAGUCUCCGGGGUGUCCCUUGCCUUGCCCCGUCUCCAACUCGCCAAGACCACAUCACAACCAUGCCCCGCCGCUUAAUAAUAACAAUAACAAGCUGGAUGCGAUGGUGCAAAAUAACAUCUUGGGUAUCAGCUCGGAUUCGGAGGACGAAACCAGCCAACGAAAACACCAAAAAGUGGUUUUAUCACGGGCUCCCUUUGAGAGUACAUGGGAGCAGGAAGAGAAGGAGGAGAUCGAGACCAAAGCGGUGGCCAUCUCACCUGACGGCAGGUACCUGAAAUUCAACAUCGAGAUCGGGAGGGGCUCGUUCAAGACCGUGUACAAGGGUCUGGACACGGAAACAACGGUGGAGGUGGCAUGGUGCGAACUACAGACUCGAAAGCUGAGUAAAGCGGAGAGGCAGCGCUUCAGUGAGGAGGUGGACAUGCUGAAGGGGCUGCAGCACCCCAACAUUGUGCGCUUCUACGACUCCUGGAAAUCCACCCUGAAGGGACACAAGUGCAUCCUCCUCGUCACCGAGCUUAUGACCUCGGGCACGCUCAAGACGUAUCUGAAGAGGUUCAAGGAGAUGAAGCUGAAGCUGCUGCAGCGCUGGAGCCGACAGAUCCUCAAGGGCCUUCACUUCUUGCACACCCGCUCUCCUCCCAUAAUCCACCGAGACCUCAAGUGUGACAACAUCUUCAUCACCGGCCCCACCGGCUCCGUUAAGAUCGGGGACCUGGGCCUGGCCACGCUCAAGAGUGCCUCCUUCGCCAAGAGCGUCAUAGGCACCCCGGAGUUCAUGGCUCCAGAAAUGUAUGAGGAGAAGUACGACGAGGCAGUGGAUGUCUAUGCGUUUGGGAUGUGCAUUCUGGAAAUGGCAACCUCCGAAUACCCCUACUCAGAGUGCCAGAACGCAGCUCAGAUCUACCGCAAAGUCACCAGCGGAAUGAAGCCAGACAGCUUCUUCAAAGUGAAGGUCCCUGAACUGAAAGAAAUCAUUGAGGGGUGCAUCCGCAUGAAUAAAGAUGAGCGAUACACCAUUCAGGACAUGCUAGAACAUUCCUUCUUCCAGGAAGACAACGGAGUCCACGUGGAGCUGGCUGAGGAGGAUGACACAGUGAAGUCAGCCCUCAAGCUGUGGCUCCGAAUGGACGACACCAAGAAGCUUCACGGCAGAUACAAGGACAACAAUGCCAUCGAGUUCCUGUUUGAGCUGUACAAGGACCUAGCAGAGGAGGUGGCACAGGAAAUGGUGGUCCUGGGCUUUGUGUGUGAAGCCGACUACAAGCUAGUGUGCAAGGCUAUCCGUGACCGGGUGACAGCCAUCAAACGCAAGCGGGAGAAGCAGAAGCGGCUGCAGGAGAAGGUGAAGAAGAAAGAGGAGGUGGAGGAGGAGGAGGAGAAGAAGCAGAGCCUGCUGAGGGCGAUCGAGGAGAUGCGCUCGUCCCAGAGCCCCGCCCAGUCUGAGGGAGGACCCCUCCCGCCUGGCCCCACCCCCUCCACAGCCAUUGGCUCCUCUGAUUCCGGCAUCAACGCCUCUUUCCUGCCCGAGCCGGAGGAACCUGAGGCUGACCAGCACCAGCUCUACCUCAUCCGCCACACCAGCUACUCCUCCGCCACGUCGGACUGCGAGACAGACGGCUACCUCAGCUCCUCCGGUCUGCAGGACUCCCAGGAAGGGUUACAGCAGCUGUGCAGCAGCAACUCUGUGGGAGAGCCCUCCAGCGAGACUCCCCCCAGACCUGCCCUCCACUUCCCUUCGAGCAUUUCGAUGAGUCUGCAGUCAGAGAGAAUGUCAUCUGGACCUAUUAACGGAUUCUCCUCUCUGCUAGACAGCUACGCCUCCGAUGUGAUGUCAGGGAUGAGCGAUGGCUACGAGGGCCUGUCAGCGUCGGACAGGAGUGUGAAACCGCAUGCCAGGCGCUCCUCUGGGAAGCUGUUCCGACGGAGAGCGCGAUCCAGACUGCGCAUUAUCAGUGUCUCUGAUAAAGUGGAUCGGGAGGUGGAGUGUCAGCUUCAGACGUACAACAACAAAAUGGUGACGUUCAAAUUUGAUCUGGACGGGGACAACCCAGAGGACAUUGCGGCAGUGAUGGAACACAAUGAGUUCAUUCUGCCAUCGGAGCAAGACAGAUUCAUUCAUCGGAUCCGAGACAUAAUCAACCACUCCGAGGCCCUGAUGAAGAAGGAGCCUCCUGAGGUACAGGAGACAGAGGGAGGGGCCAGACUCCCUUACCUGAGUGGGGCCAGCACACUGUCCACUUCCCAGCCAGACCUGCGUGUGCAUGAACUGCCCCGCACCCUGUCAUCCUCAUCUCUGCCAGAGUAUGGGUGUGCCAGUCAAAGCCAAGAGAUGCCAUCUCCAAUCAGACACUAUGUAGACAGCCCUCUCCCCAAGCAGGACCUCUCAGAAAUAACCUCACACAGCCAGCCUCUGAGGCCCCAGCCCCACCCCCCUGCUCCAGUGUCUACAAGCCUCUACGACCAGACGGGCAUGCCUUACCACCCAGGAAUAACUGCCAUGCCUACGCCAGUGCCAGUUCAUGCAGUGCCCGCUUCGCAGCCUUGCCCCUCACAGGCUUACAUUCAGGCAGGACACUUCCCCUUGUAUCCCAUAAGCACAGGCUCUCCACAACACAGGCAGACACCACCUCCCCUAUCCCAGCUCUCCAGCAGCAAUCUCCACAGCGGCUCCUUCACCUGUUCCUCUAUGUCUCCAAAUCAGCCAAACUUUUUACAGCAGGCUUACCAAGGAGAGCUGCUGAGCCAAGGCCUGGAGGGCAACCUCUCACCCCAGCAGCAAGCCUGCAUGUGGCCGGAUGUGACCACCCAGCCCCUUUUCUCCCUGGCCAAUGUCCUCUCACUGGCUAUGAGUGUUGCACAGUCCUUUCUGUCGCCAACCGGUGCCCCCGGCGCCAGCAUUCUGCCCCAGGGAAUGCCCCCAGCGGUCAGUUACCUGCACCAGACACCAAACCACCUGCCUCCACACCAGCCCUGCCCUCCAGCCUACACCCAGCAGCAAGCUUUCUCUGCUGAGUCCAUGUACAGUCCCUGUCAAAUAGGGCUUCCCGAUAUGUACCAGACCCCAGUCUCUCCAAGCCCCCUACACCCUGGUGAGUCCGCAGCCAAAGAAACUGGGCUUGUGCCCUUAUCCUCAGCUUUCCAUGGGAUGCCAGUCACUCCUCCGCUGGCUCCUCCAUCUCCAGCUAUGGGACAGUCGCAGCGUCACAUCCCAGGGCUUGCUCCUCCUCUUCUGCCCAACCAGAUCCAGACCUUCACCCCACCACCUCCCCUUCUUCCAGACAGGACCGGGAGUCCCACCCCCCUCCUCUUCUUUCCCGAAAACCCUUCCUCCCAGCUGUCCUGCCCUGUGGAAUCCCCUGGCUCCUCAGCCCCUGCCCAAGGGACUGUCUGCAACAGUGCACUAUCGACCAGCCCACAGGCUUUAUCUGCACUUGUAGCCAAAUCCUCCGAGAGAGAAAAAAACAGAUUGUCUCCGAUUUGCGAAGUUUCACAAAACAAUCCGCCUGUCGUCGUCGGGAGGUUCCAGGUGUCGCCGACCAAAGUCAACCCCCCAGCGCCUGACCCCGGUGCCACCCUCGCCAAGGAUAGUGACACGGAGAGCAGCACUGAGAACCAGGACGACUCCCAGGACAGCACCUCCCACAGCCGGACAGCUAGCAGCUUCGCCCAGCCGGGAAGCGACACGGACUCCGACAGCUGCCCUGAGCAGCACUGCUCUGACCGGGCGUCCGGAGAUGGGCUGGACAUUGCUGAGGCAGAGACGAAGUCGUCGGAGCAGAACGUGGGGAGCCCUCAGUACAGCACGCCCCCGAGCGUGUGGCUGCGCUGUUCCCGCAGCACUUCCUACAUCAGCAGCGAUGACACGGAGAGCGAGGGCGAGGAUGUGUGGGAGCAGCUACAGAGCCUCAGAGACAAACACUUGACGGAGGUGCAGCUCCUGCAGGCCGUACAAAAGCAGGAGAUCGAGGAGCUGUAUGGGAGGAUGGGGAGGGUGCCCCCGCCUGGGAUUGUGUCCCCCGCCACCAUGCUGUCCAGCCGUCAGAGACGCCUGUCCAAGGGAGGCAGCUUCCUCCCCUCCCGUCGGAACAGCCUGCAGAGGCUGGAGGUCCUGCAGACAGCAGCAGUGACCGGGAUCAUAAGGAAGAACUCCUUCAGUGGCAGCAGCAGUGGGUCGCAGGAGCGCACAAACAAAGGGGUCACCUUCACAGCAGACUUCAGCAGAAUGUAAAAGUCUCUCCAGACUACCUCAUCUGAUCUGUGAGCCGCAGGGUAUCCUAGGCACAGCCAACAGAACGAAUGUCUUAAGCAGCCCAGCGGAGCUUUAAGCUAUGAGUUCAUUGGUGUUCUGUUGGUAAAGCAACCUCUGGUUAAAACCCUGGAUAACUCGAGUCAAGAAGCUGCUUGAACAGACAUGCUUAAAUCCACGACGAUUCUGGAAGCAGAAGUUCCACGUUUUUGUUUCAUACAGCAGUACAACUGACAGCUUCUGCCUGCUUUAAAUUAAAGUCAGUAGCUGUAAUAUUCUUGGGGCACCCUGAAGAGUUGUUUUGUAUAAUGGUAUACAUGCCAUUUUGAAUCGCUGCUCGCUAAUAAUCGCUCUACUUGCAAUGUCAGAAACACAACGGCACGCCUUGAGAUUGGCUCCUGCAGCUAACGCAGGGAUUCUGUGCAAGCUUGGCAUUUGUUUGGGUCUUGACUAGACGGGCUAUGUUGAAAAUGGCUGUGGUUCCUAUUACAGCAAGACAGCCUCAGCCACAACGUUUCACUACUCUGUUGCAUCGUCAGGUCAGAUCUUGCAGCACAGCUUUGCACUUUUAGACAGUAUGAAGCUGCAGCACUUUGACCUGCCCAUCGAACUGAAUGGGCAAGGAUUUCUUUAUAUAUAAAUAUACAGCUAGUCUGAAUUUUGCAGUACAUUUUCAGGGUUAAUAUAAAUGGGGAAAUGACAAGAAACGCAAAAUGAGACACAAGUCUACAUGUGUUGCAGGCUUAAAAUGUACCUGAUACACCACAGCCAUUAAAUUAGACACAUUAUGUAGAUAUAGUAUGGAAAUGGAGCUGACAGCAUUGUAUUUUACUGUACACACCAUUCUGUGCUGUCACGAGAGCUUCUCAGUUGUAGGUCUUGGUAUCUGUGAUGUGUGUAUUUCACAAUAGGUAUAUGUUCUUUUUUUUGUUUUUUUCACUGCCCACUCUCACCCAGCCAAAAUCUUGGUGUCCCUAAUUUGAUAAUCGUCCCGUCUUCAGAUACGUUCAGAAGUUCCAAAGGGGUGCAGUUAGUCAUCUGAUUCCAUACUCUCUGAAGAGCAGUAUACAGUGUAAGCACUGGGACACUCUGCAAACAAGAUAAGAAAGGACAAUGACGUGUCUCCUUUUAAGUAAUAAAUGCAUUGUGGUCCUACACAGUUAAAGCUGCUUUAUGAAUACAGCCUUGCGUUUCAACCCUACUCAACCAAAAUUGCAUUUUAGAGUCAGAUUAAUAA